GCUUAGCACACGUCGCCGGAAAUGGCGCCAGCUGGGUCGCCGGCGCCGCCGCACUUCGUCCUCGCGCCCCUCGCGGCGCACGGCCACGUCAUCCCCAUGGUCGACCUCGCGCGGCUCCUCGCGAAGCGCGGCGCUCGCGCCAGCCUCGUCACGACGCCGCUGAACGUCGCCCGGCUGCGGGGCGUCGCCGACCAGGCCGCGCGCGACGGGCUGCCCCUCGAGCUCGUGGGGCUCCCGUUCUCGCCGGCGGAGGCCGGCAUGCCGCCGGACUACCAGAGCGCCGACAUGCUCGCGGAGAACGCCCAGUUCACGCCGUUCGUCAAGGCCUUGCGCGGCCUCGACGCCCCGUUCGAGGCCUACGUGCGCGCGCUGGCGCCGCCCCCGAGCUGCAUCGUCUCCGACUGGUGCAACACGUGGACCGCCGGAGUGGCCCGGAGCCUCGGCAUCCCGCGGCUGUUCUUCCACGGGCCGUCGUGCUUCUACUCGCUCUGCGACCUCAACGCCGUCGUGUACGGCCUGCACGAACAGAUAGCAGCCGCCGCCGCCGCCGACGACGACGACGACAAGGAGGAGGCCCACGUCGUGCCGGGGAUGCCGGUGCGCGUGACGGUGACGAAAGGCACGGCCCCUGGCUUCUACAACGCUCCGGGUUGCGAAGCGCUGCGCGACGAGGCCAUCGAGGUGAUGCUCGCCGCCGACGGCGUGGUGGUGAACACCUUCCUGGACCUCGAGGGUCAGUUCGUCGCGUGCUACGAGGCGGCGCUCGGCAAGCCGGUUUGGACGGUUGGCCCGCUCUGUUUGCACAACCGGGACGACGAGGCCAUGGCAUCGUGCGGGGGGAGCGCGGCCGCCGUCGACCGGCGCGCGAUCACCGCUUGGCUCGACGGGCAGGUCCCCGGCUCCGUCGUUCUCGUCAGCUUCGGCACCGUCCUGCGAAAGCUUCCCAAGCACCUGUUCGAGGUCGGCCAUGGCCUCGAGGAAUCCGGCAAACCGUUCCUCUGGGUGGUGAAGGAGGCGGAGGCAUCCAGGCCGGAGGUGCGGGAAUGGCUGGACGGCUUCGGCGCACGGACGGCGGGGCGCGGGCUCGUGGUGCGCGGGUGGGCGCCGCAGGUGGCCGUCCUCUCGCACCGCGCCGUCGGCGGCUUCGUCACUCACUGCGGGUGGAACUCGCUGCUGGAGGCCGUCGCCCAUGGCGUGCCCGUGGCGACGUGGCCGCACUUCGCCGACCAGUUCGCGAACGAGCAGCUCGCCGUGGACGUGCUCGGUGUCGGCGUGGCGAUGGGCGCGGCGGCUGCGCCGGUGCUCAUGCUGAACGACGAGUCCAUGGCGGCCACCCGGCGCGACGUCGCGCGGGCGGUGUCGGCGCUGAUGGACGGCGGCGAGGAGGCCGAGGAGAGGAGGAGGAAGGCCAAGGAGUACGGCGAGAAGGCUCGCAGGGCCAUGGCGGAAGGAGGCUCCUCGCACGAGAGCGUGACGCAGCUCAUCGCGAGUUUCAUUCACAGUGGAGGUGAUGAACUUGUCACAUAGUCGCGUGAUUUGUAGCCCUCCGUGUAGAUGGCCAAAUGGGCCGCUUGGCCCAGCACGGGUCGGGCAUGAUCGAGCCCGUGCUGAGAUUGGUUGGGCCGGCACAGCACGACCUACCUAUCGGACUGGGCCGUGCCCAUCCACUUGCUACACCAGCUCAGGCAUGGCCCAAUAAGUCAAGAGUCAGCUCGAAGGCACGGCAACAUAUCUUUUUCUAUGUAAUAAGUCUAUUUUUCCUUCUCUUCUCUUUGUGUCAUGUCUUAUAUGCUAGAAUAAGUCUAUUAUGCGUCCCUCUUUUAUUUGAGUCGUGUGUUAUAUGAAUAAAUUAAGUCUAUUUUAGGUCUGUCAACUAUUUUUCUUUCCUACUCAUUGGACCGUGCCAUACAAGGUGCCGGGCAAAACACCAAUCAUGCCAUGGUGUGCUUGCGCUGGCCUAAAUGGUCGUGUUGUGGGCUAGGCCAUUGGGACCUGUGACCAUCUAUACCCCUCCGAUCCUAAAUAAUUAAUUAGUAUUGUGCACUAUUUAUUUUUAAAUU